AUGUCUCCGCCCGCUGCUGCAGCAAAAUCGCUCACUACAGCUGCCACACUUUUUGCCGGGGCGACAAAUACUACUCCAUCAACCAAUGACAGCGCGACCUUCCAUUUUGUCGUGGAUGGUGCGGUCCAAACAUUGUCUACCCAAAAUGCUCCAGGAAAUGCCCCAAUCCGAGGGCUCUUGUUCGUUCCUAGUCUCGACGCUGAGAAUUCGUGCAACAAUCUUACCGCUCCGCUCAUACCCACCAAUGUCACCCGAUAUUCCGACGUGGAGCGAUUUCGAUUUCCUACUAUUGGUCUUGCGCCGUGGGUGACCGCCGAGUGUGCGCAGUCGUUCCUAGACGCCUCGCAGCGCGCCGGUUCCGAUGCGCUGGUGUUCUUCUUGCCUGCAAGCAAUAACAGUAAACCGCCACCAGCCGAAGACCCGACAUGGUCAUUGAGUAACGGUGGGGAUUGGAAGAGUCGAAAUAUCCUCCCCGUGUACGCCAUCCCUGGUCCGGCGGGUGUGACCUUGAUGCAUCAGCUGGCGUGGUAUUCGGGAAACACAAGCCAUGCGCACAAUGGCCACAAUGAAUCCGCAUCCAUGCCAGGUGAACCUGACAUCCGGCUGUUUAGUCUCAUUGAUUUUGAGAGGGGUCAAAAUAAGAUGCCUAGCCUCUGGGGAUUCAUCCUUGCCAUCCUAGGUACAAUCUUGGUUCUCAGCAUGAUUGUUCUACUUUGUUACCAGCUCGUACAGAAGAGACGUCGGGAGAGUCUGCAGCGUAGAAUCGAAUCUGGAGAAGUGGACAUGGAAAUGCUGGGUCUCCAUCUAAUGAAAGUCCCACGGGAGGUUCUGGACACAUUACCUAUCUACACAUAUCCGGAUUGGGGCGCAUUGAGCGAUAUUUCCGAGGCAAACGACAAGAGCUGCUUGCGAUCCGACGAGACUCAUGAAGUCGAAGCCAAAGACGAAGGAACGAACUCAAGUCCAGAUACUCCCACGGACGUUAAAGCAGAGGACACAAUAGAAGAUUCUGGAAAAGAAGAGUCGGGAGACAGAGAAUUGUCAACCCAAGCCGACAUCAUCGCCCCCGGCACACCAUCUUCCCAAUCUCAAUCGUCAAUCAGUACCUGCACAAAAGACACUCCUCCUAAGCUAAAGAGACUAAGUCACUCGCAAACCACAUGCGCAAUCUGUCUAGACGACUUCAUUCCACAUGUCUCUACCAUCCGCGAACUAACAUGUGGUCAUAUUUUCCACGUCGAGUGCAUCGACGCAUCUCUGUCACUGAAUAGCUGCCUGUGCCCGAUGUGCAAGAAAAGUGUUCUGCCGCCAGGAUAUUAUCCGGUGCCUAUCACCAACCGAGUAGUUCAUCGCGAUUACAUGAUACGGAGGACGGUUUAA